ACUUAGAAGAGUAGAGGUGUCUUCUUUGGGUGUGAUGAGAGACAGAUACAUAUUAAGGAAGUGGUGAAGUCUUUCUGAGUUCUCUGUUUGUGUGAAUAAGUCAUGGACACCAAAGGAAGACUGGUUGCUGGUUCUCAUAACAGGAAUGAGUUUGUUCUCAUCAAUGCUGAUGAAGUUUCUAGAGUAACAUCUGUUAAAGAAUUGAGUGGACAGAUUUGCCAGAUCUGCGGUGAUGAAAUAGAAAUUACUGUGGAUGGGGAGCCUUUUGUUGCUUGCAAUGAAUGUGCCUUCCCUGUUUGCAGAUCUUGCUAUGAGUAUGAAAGAAGAGAAGGCAAUCAAUCAUGUCCACAAUGUAAAACCAGAUACAAGAGAGUUAAAGGGAGUCCAAGAGUGGAAGGAGAUGAAGAAGAGGAAGAUAUUGAUGAUUUGGAAAAUGAGUUUGACAUUGCAAGCAAUGACAGGAGAGACCCUCACCAAAUUGCUGCAGCAGUGUUGGCGGCUCGCCUUAAUAUUGGCCGGGGUUCCCAAGUCCACGGUUCCGGGAUUAGUACACCGGCUGAGUUUGAUACUGCAUCCGUGGCUUCAGAGAUCCCUCUCCUGACCUAUGGGAAAGAGGACGUUGGCAUUGCAUCUGAUAAACAUGCCCUAAUUAUUCCCCCAUUUAUGAGUCGUGGAAAACGCGUUCAUCCAAUUCCAUCUUCUGAUGCCUCCAUGUCAUUUCCUCCCAGGCCAAUGGAUCCUAAGAAAGACAUAGCUGUAUAUGGGUAUGGAACUGUUGCAUGGAAGGAGCGAAUGGAGGAAUGGAAGAAGAAGCAAAAUGAAAAGCUUCAGUUGGUGAUGCACGAAGGAGGACAUGAUGGCGGGAACAAUGAGCCAGAUGAUUCUGAUUUGCCUAAGAUGGAUGAAGGAAGACAGCCACUGUCAAGGAAGUUGCCUAUUCCUUCCAGCAAGAUAAAUCCAUAUAGAAUGAUUAUCCUACUCCGUCUGGCGGUUCUUGGCCUGUUUUUUCACUAUAGAAUUCGUCAUCCAGUCAACGAUGCAUAUGGAUUGUGGUUAACAUCUGUAAUAUGUGAGAUUUGGUUUGCCAUGUCAUGGAUAUUGGAUCAGUUUCCCAAAUGGCAUCCGAUUGAGAGAGAAACAUACCUUGAUCGAUUAUCACUGAGGUAUGAGAAGGAAGGGAAGCCAUCUGGGUUAGCCAAUCUAGACAUCUUUGUUAGUACAGUUGAUCCUAUGAAGGAGCCUCCACUUAUCACUGCAAACACGGUGUUGUCCAUCCUUGCUGUAGAUUAUCCAGUCGACAAAGUUUCAUGCUACGUCUCAGAUGAUGGUGCUGCCAUGCUCACUUUUGAAGCCCUUUCAGAAACAUCUGAGUUUGCAAGAAAGUGGGUCCCUUUCUGCAAGAAGUUCAACAUUGAACCCCGGGCCCCAGAGUGGUACUUUGCUCUGAAAGUUGACUAUUUGAGAGAUAAAGUAGAUCCAACAUUUGUCAGGGAACGUCGAGCCAUGAAGAGGGAUUAUGAAGAGUUCAAAGUUCGGAUAAAUUCCUUGGUUGCCACAGCACAGAAGGUUCCCGAGGAGGGUUGGACAAUGCAGGACGGGUCUCCAUGGCCUGGGAACAACGUACGGGAUCAUCCUGGAAUGAUUCAGGUUUUCCUUGGGGAAAAUGGUUUUCGUGAUAUUGAAGGCAAUGAGUUACCGCGUUUGGUUUAUGUGUCUCGUGAGAAGAGACCGGGCUUCGAUCAUCACAAAAAGGCUGGCGCUAUGAAUGCUCUGGUACGGGUGUCAGCAAUAGUCUCAAAUGCUCCUUACAUACUCAAUGUUGACUGUGAUCACUAUAUAAACAACAGCAAAGCACUUCGAGAGGCAAUGUGCUUCAUGAUGGACCCCACUUCAGGAAAGAAGAUCUGUUAUGUACAGUUUCCUCAAAGAUUUGAUGGGAUUGAUCUUCAUGAUAGAUACUCAAAUCGCAAUGUUGUUUUCUUUGAUAUCAAUAUGAAAGGUUUAGAUGGAAUCCAAGGGCCCAUUUAUGUUGGAACUGGGUGUGUCUUCCGAAGGCAGGCUCUUUACGGAUAUGAUGCUCCUGUCAAGAAGAAAGCCCCAGGGAAGACUUGUAAUUGUUGGCCAAAGUGGUGCUGCAUAUGUUGUGGAUCCCGAAAGACUAACAAAAAAGCAAAAUCAAGUGAAAAAAAGAAAAAGAACAGGGAGGCUUCAAAGCAGAUACAUGCGCUAGAGAAUAUUCAGGAGGGUGUUGAAGGAAUAGAUAAUGAAAAAUCAUCCCUGAUGCCCCAAAUAAAAUUUGAGAAAAAAUUUGGACAGUCGCCAGUUUUCAUAGCUUCUUCACUUAUGGAAGAUGGUGGAGUUCCCAUGGGAACAAGUUCUGCAUCACUCUUAAAAGAAGCCAUACAUGUCAUUAGUUGUGGCUAUGAAGAUAAAACGGAAUGGGGAAAGGAGGUUGGGUGGAUUUACGGAUCUGUUACAGAAGAUAUCCUAACAGGUUUCAAAAUGCAUUGCCAUGGCUGGAGGUCAGUGUAUUGCAUGCCCAAAAGGCCUGCAUUUAAGGGUUCCGCUCCUAUAAAUUUGUCUGAUCGGCUACACCAGGUGCUUCGAUGGGCCUUGGGAUCUGUUGAGAUUUUAUUGAGCAGGCACUGUCCCAUAUGGUAUGGAUAUGGGUGUGGUUUGAAAUCGUUGGAGCGCUUUUCGUAUAUCAACUCGGUUGUAUAUCCUUUGACAUCCAUACCCUUAAUUGCUUACUGUUCCUUGCCAGCUGUCUGUCUCCUUACUGGGAAGUUUAUUGUCCCUGAGAUUAGCAACUAUGCAAGUAUUAUUUUUAUGGCCCUCUUUCUAUCCAUUGCGGCAACUAGUGUACUCGAGAUGCAGUGGGGGCAUGUCGGCAUUCAUGACUGGUGGAGAAAUGAACAGUUCUGGGUGAUUGGUGGUGCAUCAUCGCACCUGUUUGCGCUAGUCCAGGGUCUGCUCAAGGUCUUGGGUGGAGUCAGCACAAACUUCACUGUCACAUCCAAAGCAGCAGAUGAUGGAGAGUUUUCGGAUCUAUAUCUUUUUAAGUGGACUGCGCUAUUAAUCCCUCCGAUGACCUUAUUGAUCAUAAACAUAAUCGGAGUUGUAGUUGGAGUUUCUGAUGCCAUUAACAAUGGUUACGAAACAUGGGGUCCUCUGUUUGGUAAGUUAUUCUUCGCCAUUUGGGUCAUCGUCCAUCUUUACCCAUUCCUAAAAGGUAUGGUGGGAAGAAAUGACAGGCUUCCCACAAUCAUUAUCGUGUGGUCAAUUCUUCUGGCAUCCAUAUUCUCGCUAUUGUGGGUCAGAAUAAACCCAUUUGCUUCCAGAGGUGGUAUUGUAUUAGAAGUUUGUGGGUUGGAUUGUGACUAAGAAGAUACCUUGCACAAAUAGGUUUAGGAUGGUUUUAGUUAUAUAUAGAAAGCUGUUUGGGCAGAGGAAGUGUCUUUCAAUUGAAGAGCAAGGCAUCCCCUGGAAUGAGAAGUUUCACAAGGAUGAAUCGUCUUGAGGCGAAACAGAAGAACUGAAGGGCAAUCCUGGAAGAUUGUUUGCAUGUAGAUACAAAGGGAUUUGAGGUCUGACACAUUAAUUGUUUUGCAAAAUGUUCAUUAAUUCUUUAAAUACAGGAUUGGGUUGGAAGGGGGAUUGUUUUGUAUCAAGGUCUGUCUGUAAACCCAAGAAAACAUAAUAAGGUCAGUUUGAUUCAUUAUUCAUCUUCCCUUGUCAAUAAGUGGGUUGGGGUUGGUUCAUAUAGUGUCAUCAAGUCAUGUCUUGUUGUGCAGUAUUAAGAGAAAGUAGCUAAAAUGUAGCUCAAGUAAUUCUGUAAUGUCCGAGUGUUUAUCAAACAAGGCAAAUCUUCUUGUAUUUGUUAUUUAUUUAGAGCAACUUAACUUUAAAUAAAGCCUGUGAUUUAUUUUAUGUGCAGAGAUUUUGGUUU